AUGGACCAAGAAACAAAUGCGGGGUUCGAUGAGUUGACACGGUUGCCUUACUUAAACACUUUGAAGGUGGACAUAACAGAUGCUGGAUGCAUUCCACAAACUGUUGUAUCCAAUCCAAACUGGGUAAAAUUCAACAUAUGCAUGAGCGAGGAGUUAUUCGUGCGGCUCAUGGAUGUGCAUUUGUCAAAAAUCAUGGCUGCUCGUUCAAGAGCCUUGAUUCUCAACACAACCAUCAACACCUUGCCAGAUUGGUUUAACAGCGUGGUGACUGAGAAAACCGAGAAACUGUUCUACAUAUAUGGCAGUGGUUUACAUAACAUUAUUUCAGAGUAUGAUCAAGGCAGGCUAAAUGGCCUCAAGUCUCUCCUUGUUCAGAGUUGCUAUGGGAUAGUGCAGCUCAUGAAUACGGACAUACAUGUUUUAAAUAGACCGGUUUUUGACAACCUAGAAGAGCUGCGUGUCCACAAUAUGGAUUACUUGAAAGUGAUAUGCGUUGGUGAACUACCACCCGGUUCAUUGCGGAAACUGAAGUUUUUUCAGGUGGAACAGUGUGAUGAGUUGGUUGGUACACUGCUGCAGCCAAAUUUGUUGAAAAGACUAGAGAAUUUGGAAGUUCUUGAUGUGAGUGGCAAUAGUUUGGAAGACAUCUUUAGGUCUGAAGGGCUCGGGAAAGAACAAAUCUUGUUGAGAAAAUUGAGGGAAAUGAAGUUAGAUAAGCUGCCUCAGCUGAAGAACAUUUGGAAUGGUCCUGCUGAACUAGCAAUCUUCAACAAGCUCAAGAUUUUAACUGUGAUUGCGUGCAAGAAAUUAAGAAAUCUCUUUGCCAUCACUGUGUCUCGAUGUCUUCUGCAACUUGAAGAGUUAUGGAUCCAGGAUUGUGGUGGUUUAGAGGUAAUAAUUGGAGAAGAUGAGGGAGAAGCAUCCAGUAACAUGUCCCAUAAAUCAAGAGUGAAGGAGAUUGUUGAAAAACAGAAGGAAGAAGCAAUGGAGAAGAUCAUCUUACCGCAAUUGAAGAAUUUAUCUCUGCAAAAUCUUCCACUGGUCACAGGCUUCUACUCCGGAUUUGCAAGUAUUCAAUGCCCAUCCUUGGAACAACUGCACACGCAGGAUUGCCCGCUUUUUAGAGCUACCACAGAUGAAUUUCACAGCAGAAAGCAAGUCCAAGUAAAUAACGAGCAGCAUUUUCUCCUCCUCCGAAAAAGGCUUUGGGAGCUGAGACAAUUUUCGUAAGAGAAGAAUGAUACAAUACGGAAGGAAGAUGGACAAUACACAAUGAAGGACCGGGCAAAGCCAUGGGGUUAGCCACCAAGCUCGAGCCAAUUCAAACAAGUGGACUAGCAUUAUAACUGCCUGCCGGGAGAGUGGAUCGUUACCCUCAGUUCUCUGAGCUCUCUAAUGUUGGUUUUUGUUCCUAUCCCUCAACCUACUACUCUCUGUACUAUCGGAGAAAAUGUUCAAAUUGAUGAAUGGUAGUUUUUCAUUCAUA